AAUGAACUUCCGGUAAAUUUAUCGGCCAUAUUGAAUAAUUUUCUUUGUGGAAGAAUCAUGUCCCGAAAGGUCACCAUUACUAAAAUGUUGAAGCAUUAAGGUUUAAAAUUUUAAAAUAAGAAAUUUCUUGAUUCCACACUUCAUUUUGGUGCUAAUAACUGGUGACCAGCAGCUAUGGCCUGUAUACAUUUCAAGUUUAAGAACAGCCUGGACUAUGAUUCCAUCACUUUUGAUGGUCUACACAUUGCCCUGAAGGACCUGAAGAGGAUGAUUAUGAGCAGGAAGAAGCUGAGGGAUACUGAUGACGACCUGCAGAUUAUUAAUGCUAUAACCAAAAAAGCAUACAGCAAUGACGAUGAAAUGAUUCCAAAGAACUCUUCUGUGAUUGUUGCCAGGAUACCAGUCACCAACCCUGCUCCCAGGAAUGGACCAAAGACCCUCAAUCAUCCAAAUGCCUACAAAGAGGAUCCUAAACCAGUCAGAAAAUCAGUUGUGGAAACCCCAGUGACAAAGACGCAAGAUUUACUAGAGACUGGGAACCUUCUUGAUUCCAAUGCGUCGGAAGAAGACAAGAUUAAAGCCAUGAUGAGGCAGUCAACAAUGGAUUUUGAUCCAGCAAACUAUAUAACGAACAAGAAAGCCCCUAUUGGAACCCCCUCCCCCACUUACAUUUGUAAGAAGUGUGGAAAGUCAGGUCACUUCAUCCAGAACUGUCCCGUCGAACCUGGGGAGGCGAUUGAUAAGGAGAAGUUGGCCAAGAGACCGACAGGAAUCCCCCAUUCCUUUCUCACUGUAGUCAAUGACCCUAAUGCCAAGGGGGCCUUGUUACUGGGCCCUGGUCAAUAUGGAGUACCCACCAUUGACAUGAAUGCCUACAAGGAGAAGAAGAAGGAGCGUCCACCAUUCCUACCCGAUGAGAAGUUGCCCGAGCCUAAGAAGGAGGAGAUCCCUGCGGAACUCCUCUGUCCUAUCUGUAAAGAUCUACUGACUGAUGCCGUUGUUAUUCCGUGCUGUGGAACAAGCUUCUGUGAUGAAUGCAUAAGAGAUCAUUUGCUGGACUCUGAGGAUCAUGUAUGUCCUCACUGUCAUGAAACAGACAAGUCACCAGACAGCCUUAUUGCCAACAAAGGAUUGAGGGUUGCUGUCACGAACUACCAUAACGAAACUGGAUACACUAAAGUCACCAAGGCCAUGUUGAAGGCACAGCAAGAAGAGAUGAGGGCUAAAAGAGCUGCAGCUGCUGCAGCCGCAGCAAAGAAAGUGGUAGCCAAGCCGGAGGCAAGUAAACCAGCAAUGUCAUCAAUGGGGAAUAGUUCCCCACAAGUCAUUCCAACGUAUAGCAUGAAAUCUGGACAGCAUUAUAAAGUUGGGCGAGGAUCCCAAGGGGUGGGGUCGCCAAGAUCCCCAUCAAAGUUGAGUGACUCCCAGAAUGGUACAGAUCAUGUGCCAGGGAACAAGCCUUCUCUUACUGUGAAUACCCCUGUUAGUGUUGUCCCUGGUGGUUUGAGUCCACCCACUCCUUGCAAGGAUGAAAAGGACAUACAUCCACCCUCAGUGUCUUCAGCCCCUGUGUCUGUUCCCUCCACUUCAGGGCCAGCUCCACCAGGACUACCAGGCCCACCUACCUCACAGCAUCUGCUAACAAGGCCUCCAGUGAUUCCAGCGAAUUUUCCGACUGCCCCCAUACAACCUAUAGGAGUACCUUUCAGACCUCCAAUUCCAAUAGUGAAUGCAGCCAUCCCACCACCAGGAUUUUUAGGCCCCCCUCCAUCUGUACCAUUUGGACCAGGACCCAGGUUCCCCCCUGCACCCCCUGUGGUUCCACCUUUCCAAGCAGGCCCCCCUCCACCUGUGCCUCUAAGUAAGGAGGAAUUCUACAGACAACAGAAGAAACUACAGGAACAGCACAAAAAGAAAAAGGCAGAUCCAAUGGAUGUGUUUGCAAGGGAGCUCAUGGACUAUAAGAAGAAGCCCAAGUCUCCUUCAAGAUCCAGAUCCAGGUCUCGGUCCAGAACACCACGGCGAUCAAUCUCUCCACGCAGGUCAAAGUCACGGAGCUUGACUCCAAGGAAAAGGUCACUGUCUCCCAGAAAAAGAUCACUGUCUCCCAGAAAAAGAUCACUGUCACCCAGAAAAAGGUCACUGACCCCUAGGAAAAGGUCCUUGACUCCACGUAAGAGAUCUUUAACUCCACGGAAAAGGUCUUUGACACCCAGAAAAAGAUCUCUGACUCCAAGAAAAAGAUCCUUCUCACCCAGAUCAAGAACAAGAUCACGAUCCAGAUCACCAAAUCGUUCAAGAUCACCUUUUGGGAAACCAGUGUAUCGUUCCAGAUCUCGCACAAGGUCACCCAGGUCAAGGACUCCUCCAAGAUACAGAUCAAGAUCUAGGUCACUCUCUCCAAGGUACCGCUCAAGGUCACCAAGACCAAGGUCAUUCACCAGAAGUCCUCCCAGAUACCGUUCUAGGUCAAGGACACCUCCACCUCCAAGAUGGAGAUCUCGUUCCAGAAGCCCUGGUAGAUAUGACAGAUGGACAAGGUCACCUCCACCUUAUGGUCGUAGGAGGUCAAGGUCGCCUCCUCCUCCUAUGUACAGAGGCAGGUCCAGAUCUCCCCCUCCAUAUGACUACUACCGACCUGAGUGGGAUGCCCCACCACCCAUGUAUGGUGAUUAUAGAGGUCCAAAAGGCCGACCAGUUGGAAGAGGACCCCCACCACCACCACAUUAUGGCUAUCCACCUGAUCCUUAUAAUAGGUUUGAUCAACAUGCCUAUGAUGAGUUUUACCGUGAGUUUUACGUACGGUAUGGAAUGCCUCCUCCGCCGCCUCCGAAUCCUGCCAUGUACGAUGCUCAACCCUAUCCUCCCAGGAGAUCUCGAUCUCCUAGAGAUAGACGACCAUACAAAGAAAGGCUACCACCCCGCCCCAAAAAUGAAGAUAAGCCUAGCAAAGCAGACAAAAAGACAAGUGACAAAAAGUCAGAGAAGAAAUCAAGCAAAUCUAGCAAGAAGGAGGAGGGAGGAAGCAAGAAGAAGAAAAUUGAGAAGGCAGCAAAUAAAGGAAAAGAAGAGGAAAAUAAGAAAGAGGAGAAAAAAGAGAAUGGUGAAGAAAAGAAAGAAGAAAGCAAGGAAGGCCAUUCAAAGAAAAAGAAGAAGACCUCUUCAAAGACUCAAAAGAAGGUGAUAGAGGAGAUUGAGGUAAAACCAAAAGAGGAGAAGACUGAUGAAAAGAAAGAAAAGAAAAAGGUGGUGCCAUCUGAUGAUGAGGAAGAGAAGAAAGAUUUGAUCAAGAAAGAGAAGAUAAAGGAAGAGAAAGGCGAGAAGGAAAUGAAGGAGGAGGAUGACAAAGCUGUCAAGAAAGAGAAAGAUAUGGUGGUCGAUGAAAAGGCAAAUGAGGAGGACAUAAAGAAAAGCAAAAAGAGCAGUUCUUUAAAGAAGGAAGGUGGAGAGAUACUGGAGGGUAUGAAAUCCCCCAAAGAAGAGGUUAAAUCUGUAAAAGAGGAGAGUUCCAAAGAUGAAGAUAGGAAGGCCAAGCGUAAGCACAAGAAGGUGGCAAAGGAAGCUGUAAAAGACAAGAAGCUGGUGGAGGAAGAGGAAGCAGAAGAGAGUCCCGCAAAACGACAGAAGGUGGAGCAGAUGGACGACAAGGACCAGAUCAUGUUGUCUCCUCCAAUCCUGUCCAAGUGGGAGAAAGAGGACUACCAGGAAGACAUAUCCCCCCGCAGGAGCCGCAAACCGUCCCCAGACGCCAAGCCCAAACAGGAGCGCAAAAUGUUGCCAAGGUCAGUCAUAGAAAAAGCAGAGAAAGCCUUCAGCCAGAAACAACCUCAGCCUAUCUCAGUAGCAUCAUCCAUUAAGCCCUCAUCCAGCCUCGCUAGUCGAUUGGAGAAAUCCCCUCCCCACAGAAUGAAAUCCCCUCCCUCCAGAUUGAGGUCACCUGAGGGGAAAUCUCGCCGAGUUUUCAUGGAUAGCCAGUCCAACAAAAAGGUUGAAGAGGACAGCAGGAAAGUGUUGAGUCGGGAUAGGUCUAUGCAGAUCACUGUGUCGGGGGAUGUCAAGUCCAAGAAAAAGUCCAAGGAAUCAAAGGGUGAGGUUAAAGAUUUACGAGAAUCCUUAAUGGAAAAGCGAAGGGCUUCAGUGAGGAGUUCAUCAACGGAGGAAUGGGAUCAACCCAGAGGAAAGGGAUUCAGUCAUGAUGACAGGAUUUCUGUGAAUUACUCCCGGGAAAAGGAUUGGGAUUUUGUAGAAGAUGACAAAAGUAAUGAUGGGUGGUUAAGUAACAAGUCAAAAAGUUAUUCCAAGUCAUCAAAUUCUCGAUCAAGUGCUAAGGACAAUGGUGAAGAAAAAAGAUCUGGUUCGAAAGAAAAGACUGUAGAAAAAAGUAGAAGGAAAUCUAGAGAGAGGGAAUCUCCAAAAAGGUCCAAGAAAGAGGAAGAAAAAGAGGAUAAAGGUGCCAAGAAAAGUUCUAAAAAUUCUCAGGAGAGGAAGGAGGAGAAAGGGAAGAUGGAGGAAAAGAAGAAGAACGAGGACAAGAGGAAGAAUGAGGAGAAAAGUUCCCAGAGAGAGAGUGCUGAGGUUACAGAGAAGAAGGAAGGGAAUGGGAAAAAGUCAGCGAAGGAGGAAGUAUCAGAGGAAGUGAAAGACAAAGUGAAGUCAUCACUAAGACACGACAGAAAGGAGUCGGUGAUGGAUGAGUCCUCGUUUGAGCCGGAUUACAAUGAGGCCUUAGGGAGUGAGGAAGAAGAAGAGGUGCCAAAGCCGGAGGUGAAGAGACAGUACUCCACAGCAGAGAGCGAGAAAGUGGAGAGUGAAAGUGAGGAAGAGAGCUCGGGGGAGGAGAGGGAGAGGAAACAUAAAAAGAAGAAGAACAAGCAUAAGAAGCAUAAAAAGAACAAGAAAAAGCAUAAGAAAAAGCAUAAAAAGCAGGACGAUGGUGACGAGUCUUCAUAAUAAAUAACAAUACUUAUAACUGUCUAUAACUGACCUUUUUUUAUGGAAGCUAUUUUACACAUCAGCAAGGGGCAUUAUCAUAUGUACACGCACUGGUAAACUUGGUUUGCUUCCAAUUUGCAGUCAUGUUGCUUUAUUACAAAAGGGAGAUAAUGCUAAUAGCAACUCCUACAAAAGUCUCAAGAUAGGAAAAGGUUGAUUCAUGUGUUCAUUAAUUAUAUAUCUGGAUCCUUCAAACUAAGUUGUGCAAUUCGAUGAAUGUGUGUGAGUGUGACAAAUGGUGAUGAACUAGAAUUAAGGACAGUACAUUACUAUGUAGUAUUACUAAGUAAUACAAACGUUAACAGAAUUGAUAAAUACUUUUAUGUAAUGUUUUUUAGUAAGAAAUGAGACAAAAUGUUAUUUUUGCGUUAAAUAAAUCAUGAAGUAAUUUGAUUGGUAGGUUAAAGUCUUUCUGCCUGAAGAAGCUGAUUUUCAGUUUUGUUUAGAAGUACUGAACAUUUUUUUUUAAUUAAAAAUGAAGAAAUGUGGUACUAUCCAUCUUUUUAAGUUUUUAGAAUUUUAAAAAUGGUUAAACAUUGUCAUAUUUAUUUCUUUUCAAUCAGUCUAAAUGACUUAAAACUAUAUUUUAUUUGAUUUGUAUAUCAAAGUGAUCAAGUACUAUUUUAGUUUAAUUUUGUGUAUACUAUUUUGUAAAUACUAAUGAAGUGAAU